AUGAUCAAGGAGCUGCAAUCGUUGAAUAUAGAGCUCCUGGUCUCCAUCUGGCCCACGGUCGACAAGCAGUCGGAGAACUACGAACAUAUGCUUGAGCACGGCUUGCUCAUCAGACAAGAUCGUGGUCUGCGAACAUCGAUGGAUUUUCAAGGUGACACGAUCCAUGCAGACUUCACCAAUCCAGAGGCAAGGGAAUUUGUCUGGCAGGUCGCCAAGAAGAAUUACUACGACAAAGGAGUGAAGUUAUUCUGGCUGGAUGAAGCCGAGCCAGAGUACAAUGUCUACGACUUCGAUGUCUAUCGAUACCAUAGCGGAAGCGUGCUCAGCACGGGUAAUGCAUAUCCAGUUGAAUACGCGAAGGCAUUCUAUGAGGGAAUGACCAGAGACGGGAAGCAAGAGAACGUGGUCAACCUCAUACGCUGCGCUUGGGCAGGAAGCCAGAAAUGGGGAGCACUUCUGUGGAGCGGUGAUAUUGCGAGCAGCUGGCAAGCCUUCCGAGAUCAAGUCACAGCAGGGUUGAACGUUGGUAUUGCCGGACUACCAUGGUGGACAACGGACAUUGGUGAGUAG